ACUGUUUCCGGGUUCACUCGGACAACAUGGCGGCGCCCAUCGGCGUCCACCUGGAGUUUCGAGGUGGUGCUGAACUGCUCUUCAAUGGAGUGAAGGAGCGACAUGUCACAUUGCCCACUCAGUCAACACCAUGGGAUAUUCGGCAGCUUCUGAUGUGGAUUAAAAACAACUUGCUGAAAGAGCGGCCAGAGCUUUUCAUUCAAGGUGAUUCUGUGAGACCCGGUAUCCUAGUUCUGGUCAACGAUGCCGAUUGGGAACUAAUGGGCCAGUUGGAUUAUAAACUGGAGAACCGAGACAACAUCGUUUUUAUAUCAACGUUGCACGGCGGUUAACGAAACAGUUUAAUACUUUAAAAAUAAAAACAAAAGGAAGCGACCAAAAGAUUUUCUGUAAUGACAUUUAACCGUGCAUCAAAGCGAUUGCAACAUUAUUCCCGGGUUUAUUCGGAUCGCCUGUUUGUAAUAUACAAGCGGUUUGACCCGCAGUGCAUUAGGAUUACAAAUGAGACUGAGAACAUCAGUGUUUAUGUAAAGAUGGUGAACUGUAAAAUAAAAUAAGCUCCCCUGA